CAAGCCCCAAAGUUUUAGGAGAAUACUGAUGUAUACCUACUCCAGCUUGCUCCUGUUUGUGUAAAGGUUCUUUUCAUAUGCAGAGGAAGGGGGAGUGUACUAUUUCCCACUUGCAGUGGGUGUUCCAGCUACCUUUUUAACAGAGCUUAACUGGAAGCUUCUAAGGCGUCUAGAGGAAAACCCAGGCACUGGGCUAUUAAAUGUGAAGGAAGAGGAUGAGACAGAUGACAUGAAUAGUCAUCAGACUGAAAUACAUUGGUCCCUCCCUGCCGAUGAAGAUAACACUGAUAUAGUGAAAGUGGAGAUAACAGAAGAUCUUUGUUUAAGGCAUCAGUUGGAAGCACCAGAUAAGGAAACCAGUGACAGUAUCUGCCCGGGUUAUGUUAAGACUGAAGUUACAAUUAAUGCUGAACAAACAAAUGACCUGUAUGUAAAGAGUCAGCAGGAAGCUGUGAAGCAGGAAAUCAGUGACAAUAUCAGUACAGGUGAAUUUACAAACUGCAAUAAUCAUGGUCAUGGUCAAAGUGCUGAUACUUCUUUCAAUCUUCUUCAAAAUCAGAGAAACCAGAUUGGAAAUGUAUGUUCUGAAUGUGGAAAAUGUUUUACCUUGAAAUCAGCUCUUAAUAAUCAUUUAAAAAUUCAUAGAAAAAAGAAAGUAUUUUCAUGUUGUCACUGUGGGAAAUAUUAUACUCUGAAAUCACGUUUCAUUACACAUCAGAAAAAUCAUGCAGUAAAGAAAGCAUUUUCGUGUUCUGAAUGUGGGAAAUGUUUUACUUGGAAAUCAGGUCUUAUUAUUCAUCAGAGAAUUCAUACAGGAGAGAAAGCAUUUUCAUGUUCUUACUGUGGGAAAUUGUUAAACCAGAAAUCAGAUCUUAUUAGACAUCAGAAAAUUCAUACAGGAGAGAAAGAAUUUUCAUGUUCUGACUGUGGGAAAAAUUUUACUCAGAAAUCAAGCCUUUUUACUCAUCAGAAAAUUCAUACAGGAGAGAAAGCAUUUUCCUGUUCUGAUUGUGGGAAAUGUUUUACUCAGAAAAUGAAUCUUAUAAUACAUCAGAAAAUUCAUACAGGAGAGAAAGUAUUUUCAUGUUCUGACUGUGGGAAAUGUUUUACUCUGAAAUCACAUCUUGUUAGACAUCAAAACAUUCAUACAGGAUCGAAAACAUUUUCAUGUUCUGAAUGUGGAAAAUGUUUUACCUUGAAAUCAGCUCUUAGUAAUCAUGUGAAAAUCCAUUUUAAAGGAAAACAGUGAAAUCAGAGCUUAAAGUGACAGUAAUGACAAAAUUAAACUUUCUAUUAUAUAUUUCUGUUAUCAAAUUUGCAUUGUUCUCUUGUUAUCAUUUAUGGCAACAGUGUUUUUAAACAUUAAUUAUAGCUUUAUUAUUCAAAGUUUAAUUUUAUACUUUACUUUCCCUUUAAGUGGUUGAUACAUAGCUGUUAGCCAUUCAAUAUAUAGAGUUCUUAUGAUGAUUACAUGUAGUGCUCUUAGGGGCCCACUUUUGGAGCUGUUUGAGGCACUUCACCUCAAGCAGAAGGCUCAGGUGUCCCUAUAUAGGUUUAAAUAGCUAAGUGAUCACAUGGCAUAGAAAAAUGUGUGUUUAUUUGAAUAGUUGUUCAUGAAAGGAAGCCCCUAUGUGCAGUUCAAAGUUAUUUAAAUAUACCCAAAGACCCUUAUUUAUGUGUUUAUAAACUCUUCUUUGAAAUGUAAGCACUGUUGAUGUCAUUAUAGUCAGCAGAUCACAGAGGUGACAGUGUUUCCCUAGCUGCAAUUUAAUUGACCAGUUGUAUAAAUGUACAGGAAGAAGACCCUAUGUUAACAUUAAAAGUGGAAGAGGCCUCCAAAAGGCCUUGUCUGGAUUAAGAUACCUCUCACACACACACACACACACACACUGGUUGUAUAAACUGCAUUGUGCUGAAGUAUAAGAAAAAUAUAUAUUUUUAAUUAUUCUCCAUUUCUGUUCAUUUUAGGAAGGUUAAAAUCACAUCCCUCAGCCAGCCAUGUUUCACUGAUCCUAAAUUUAAACACUCACAUAAGACACAUUCUCAUCUCCUUUCGCUCACCAUCUUUCUUCUUCUUGCAGCUAGGGAUGUCUCGCCUAACCCAGGUCCACCCUCUGCUUCCCUCAGAUCACUACCUCAAAUGACACCUCAUACACCUUGCCCACAUAACCCUCUAAACCUCAUUAACUGCACCUCUGUUAAUACACCCCAAUUCUCGUGUGCACUUUGGAAUGCACGCUCGGUAUGCAAUAAGCUUACAUCUAUUCACAACCUAUUUAUUUCACGUUCACUUAAUCUGUUAGCCCACACUGAAACUUGGCUUUCCUCCUCUAACACAACUGCUGUAGCCUCUCUGUCCUAUGGCGGCCUGCACUUCAGUCACACUCUCAGGCCUGGAGGCAAACAAGGUGGAGGAAUAGGAAUUCUCCUGUCUCCACACAGUACCUUUCACUGCAUUCCUUCACCCCACUCUCUUUCCUUCUCAUCUUUUGAAGUUAGCGCUAUCUGCCUCUUCUCCCCUAUAGCUUUUCGUGUUGCAGUUAUCUAUCUGCCCCCUGGCCCAGCAUCACAAUUUCUGGACCACUUUGAAGCCUAGCUUCCACAUUUACUCUCUUGUAAUGUCCCUUCUCUCAUCUUAGGGGACAUCAACAUACCCCUUGAUAAGCCUAAUAUGCCUGCUGCCUCUAAACUUCUAUCCCUUACCACCUCUUUAGGCUUGUCCCAGUGGACAACAUCUCCAACCCACUGUGAAGGCAACUCCAUAGACCUGGUCUUCACUAAUCUCUGUGCUGUUUCCAACUCCCUUAACUUCCCCUUUCCUCUCUCUGACCACCAUCUACUAACUUUCUCUCUUACUCUACCUGCUACAUCUUUGCAAGUCCCCAAAAAACUGCUACCUUACAGGAAUUUAAAUGAUUUGGAUCUCAUAGACUUUUCCACUCAACUGAGUCCUCUGCUCUCUGACAUUUCAUCCCUCUCUUGUCCAAACCUCGUGACUCUACAGUAUAAUUCGGCACUAAAAUCAUCACUUGACAAAACUGCACCCUCCACGCACCUGUGCUGAUUUCCAGCAUUAUAAAUUCACCCUUAAGUCCUACAACUCUGCGCUCAGCCUGGCCAAACAAGUCUAUUUCUCCUCCCUUGUGUCAUGUCACGCAUCCAACCCCAGAAAACUGUUCCCAACCUUUAACUCCCUUCUACGUCCGCCUGCACCCCCGCUCACUACCAACCUCACUGCUCAAAUUAUUGCUGAUCACUUCAAAAAUAAAAUUGAAACCAUUACAAAAGAGAUCUGCACCUCACACCCCUAAAACCCAGCAAUCCUACCCACACCUUCUAUUAACAAAACUCUAUGCUACUUUUCUCCUGUAAGAGAGGAAGAAGUCUCUGCACUCCUAUCCUUGGCUCAUCUCACAACCUGCCCACUUGACCCUAUUCCUUCACAACUUAUUUUUUCUCUCUCUGCUUCACUAACCCCUACCCUAACUCAUCUCUUUAACCAAUCUCUCACUUCUGGCACACUUCCUGACACAUUCAAGCAUGCGUCAAUCAUACCAAUCCUAAAAAAGCCCUCGCUUGACCACUCCACACCUUCUAACUAUUGACCGGUCUCCUUACUUCCCUUUGCUUCAAAAUUAUUGGAAUGACUAGUCUAUUAUCGGCUAACUAAAUUUCUCACAACAAACUUUUUACUUCAUUCACUACAAUCUGGUUUCUGCCCUAAACACUCAACAGAACCCACUCUUGCUAAAGUAACAAAUGACCUGUUAUCAGUUAAAGGAAAAAGCCAUUACUCCUUACUAAUUCUUCUUGACCUGUCCGCAGCUUUUGACACAGUUGACCAUCCUCUCCUCCUAAAAAUACUACAUUCAUUUGGCAUCUGAGACACAGCCCUCUCCUGGUUUGUCUCAUAUCUCUCAAACCGCUCGUUUUCAGUUUCCUUUAACACCAUAUCUUUUGAUCCUAUGCCUCUCUCAGUUGGAGUACCGCAAGGCUCUGUCUUGGGCCCCUUGCUUUUCUCUCUAAAUACAUCCUGCCUUGGAAAACUUAUAGCCUCCUUUGGAUUCCAGUACCACUUAUAUACUGAUGAUACCCAAAUCUAUCUUUCCUCUCCUGAUAUCUCUCCCUCUUUACUCAUCCAGAUUUCCAACUGCCUCUCUGCAAUUUCCUCUAGGAUGUCUUCACACUACCUCCAACUCAAUCUGUCCAAAACUGAGCUGCUUCUUAUCCCCCCUCUUCGAGACAUCCAAUACCUGACAUUUCUCUGACGGUUGGAGACUCUAUUCUCAACACCUCACCCCAGGUCCGCUGUCUUGGGGUCACACUAGACUCAGAAUUCACAUUCAACCCACAUAUACAAGCACUUACCAAAUCCUGCCGUUCACACCUACGCAACAUUUCCAGAAUUUGUCCCUUCCUUACUCAAAAAACUACAAAAAUACUUAUUAAUUUCCUCGUUUUGUCACGCAUUGAUUAUUGCAAUCUACUCCUAAAUGGCCUUCCAAAACACAGCCUCUCCUCCCUCCAAUUUAUUAUGAAUGCUUCUACUAGACUCAUCCACCUAAGUCGCCAAUCUACAUCAGCUGCUCCACUCUGCCAGUCUCUACACUGGCUCCCCAUACCCUCCAGAAUACAAUUUAAAGGGCCAUGAUACCCAAAUGUUGAAACACUUGAAAUUGAUGCAGCAUAGCUGUAAAAUGCUGACUAGAAAAUAUCACCUGAGCAUCUCUAUGUAAAAAAGAAAUAUAUUUUAGCUCAAAAGCUCCUCAGUAGCCACAUCCCAUUGUAAAGGACUUCUAAGCAGCAAAUCAGUAUGCCUGUCCCGGGACAGCUAAGGGAGUAAGCUUACUUGCACACUCAUCUUAUUUCUCUAUUCAGUUUAAGGAAGUUUACUAUGAAAUCUCAUGAGAGUUAAGUGAAAUCUCAUGAGAUCACACUAAAAGAGUUCAUGACCUCAUGCUGAUUGGCUGCUGUUCAUUUCUUCAUUUUUUUUUUACCUGCAGAUGAGCAAAGGCUGAAGUAUAUUUUUUUUACACAGAACUUACUUUGCUCAGCUGGGGAAAUUGUGAGGUAAAAUAUCUUCCUUUUUUACAUAUAGAUGCUCAGGUGAUAUUUUCCUGUCAGCUUUUUACAGUUAUACUGCAUCAGUUUCAAGUAAUUUAGCAUAUGAGUAUUAUGUCCCUUUAAAGUAUUAACCCUAACUUACAAAUCACUCAACAGUCGAACUCCCAACUAUAUUUCCUCUCUCAUCGAGAAAUAUUCCCCAUCCCAUCCUCUUAGAUUAACCUCUGACCUACGUCUCUACACUGCUGUUAUCUCUACGUCCCACUCCCACCUCCAAGACUUGGCACGUGCUGCUUCUGUCCUCUGGAACUCUCUACCCCGCUCCAUAAGACUGUCUCCAACCUUGUAUAGCUUCAGACUCUCCUUGAAAACCCACCUAUUCAGAGAGGCUUACCAUAUCUCCUCCAUCCCUCAUCCAAACUAAUACAUGAACUGCCUGACUCACUGCUGCAAAUACAACCGAUGUAAUAAGCUACCCCAACCUUAUGUCUCUGCACCCUAAACCUAUAGACUGUGAGCUCUCCGGAGCAGGGCCCUCUUCCUCCUGUACUAGAUUUGUUUAGUUUUGUUAUGUUUUGUAUUUCAUCAAAAAUUCCAGUGCUACGGAAUUUGGCGGCGCUAUACAAAUAAAUGAUAAUAAUAAUAAUACAGUUAUAGAUCCACAAACGUUUUGGCUAUAGAGUUGAGAAGAAAACCCCCCACAUGUGAUUGUUUAUAAUUUUGUUUAUUUAGGUUGCAAUAAAAAUAUGAUUUUUUUUUUCA